UGCCUGACUAUUUAAGUGACUAUAUUCUGAUUAUAAACUAAGUAUUACACUAAGUUUUCGAGCUUAUAUUAAUGUGGAAGUUCUGAAGAACGCCUCCAUUGCGUGUCUGUGAUCGAGAGAAGUACAUAAUCGGCCGGUGUAACUUCCUGUGCAAUAUGAGUCCAUAAUGAUAAGACAUACACAGAUUAUACCUUCUCCCAGGCCGUCGGAAUCCGUUUUUGGGCUGACGGGUGGUACAGCCAUACUGUAUUAAACUGUGAUAUAUAACAUGUAAUAUCAUACAUAACAAAAUAGUUACUGUGAAAUAAGAUGUUAAUUACACACAGUCACUAAUGUUGUACUUGCAUGAGUACGGAAUUGUAUAAAAGUAAUAUUAAGAUCAUUUAUAAUUAUGAGAACUAUGUCUGUUGUCUGUCAUUUCACAGAAAAACAACCACCUCUUUGUAUUAAGUAAAUUUCCAUUCUGAGCUAUUUCGUCCUCUGAUGGGCGGAGCUGAUGAUAUCUGAAGCGCUUAUAAAUCUGACUGUUAAAAAGUGAAACUAAACCGAAGAAAGUCCAGGCGUCGAAAGAUCAGCAUUACGGUUUUGAAGCUCAGCUAAGAACAAAACAAUGGAAGACAAUGUGGGAGAGCAGGGACAGAGUAACAACAAGAAAACUGAACUAAGGAUCGUCCUUCUGGGGAAAACCGGAGUUGGGAAAAGUUCAACAGGAAACACUAUACUGGGAGAGAACAGAUUUGAAUGUAAAAAAAGUUUGAGCUCUGUAACAAAGGAAUGUAAGGUUGAGGAGUCAGUUGUUGGAGGCAGAACUAUAACUGUCAUUGACACUCCUGGGUUUUUUGACAUAACACUUCCAGUGAUGGAAAUGGCAGAUGAGAUGGCAAAGAGUGUGUUUCUGUCUGCACCAGGACCUCAUGCAUUCUUAUUUGUACUUCCUCUAUAUAGAUUCACAAAGCAGGAGGAAGAGGUAUUGACACAAAUUCAGAUGAUAUUUGGUGUCGGUGUGCUGAGGUAUCUCAUGAUCCUCUUCACAAAUGGGGAUGAUAUUGACCCAGAGACAUUUAAGUCAGAGGUAAAUGAGCACAACAUAUUAGGACCGAUUGUUGAGAGCUGUCAGGGGUAUCAUGUCUUCAACAAUAAAGAUCAGGAUAACAGAGAGCAGGUGAAUGAUCUACUGCAGAAGAUUGACACAAUGAUGAAUGGAGGAGGACACUACAGUAAUGAGAUGUAUCAAGAAGCUCAGAGAUUUAGACAAGAGGAAGAAGAGGAAAGAAGAAGAGAAGAAGAGAGAAGAAAUAGAGAGGAAGCAGAAUUUAGUGGAGAGUACCAUAAUCCAGUGUUUUUGGAGUCACUGAGAUUUGUACCACAGGAUCGAAGGAAUAGAGAAGGCCAAUACUCUGACCGUGCAAGAACAUCAGCAUUUGAGCGUUUCCGGCAAAGAUUCAUUCAAAUAUUUAGACGUCUUGCAAAUCGAUUCCGUCGACGCAGAGAAAGCCCAUCAUACUCACCUUUGGAGGAAUUGAACUAAGAAUGUGUACUUUAUUUACACAGUAUGUUUUUUUAAAAAUGCAAUCCAGAAAGGGUGCAAUAGUUGUUGCAAAACAGAAUCAGAUGUUUUCUGUCAUGCACUUUUUUCCAUAUAUUUAAAUCACAUGUAAGACAGACAUUUUCUACUUAAAUAUUAAAAAUCACAUUAUGGAUAGUUUAUUUAUUUUUAAUUUUUUUUAACUUUCAGAAAUGUAGCUGGGUUGGUCAUACAUUACAGUACUUCUUUAGUACACUCUGUCUUCUAAAGUAAACUCUUUGGUGAUUUGUAAUAAUUGCAAUAUAUGUUGUAGGGUUGAAAAACAAUAAAGACAUUUGGUAUUUCUGUUCCAACCUGUGCCAUUUAAUUCUUAAAAGAAUAAUUCACCCAAAAUAAAAAUUAUCCCAUGAUUUACUCA